AUGGGUGGCAAGGAGAGGAGAGGAGUUCGUGAUCAUCAGAGCAACCAAAAUGUUACGUUUGAGCUGGUAGAUCUUGCAGCUGCUGCGACCGUGGCCAUCUACCCGAUCCGUUUCGUCCAACUCGGCAGCAUCGCUAUCGCGGGCUAUGCAGCGUGUUACCUUGUUUCUAUGCAUCAUCACCACUAUUGCGUGUGGUAUCGUUGCAGCGCGACACAGAGGGAGCAUAUUUCUGUGCCAAUUGGCGAGGUCUUGUUCAUCACUGCAUCUGUCCUCGUCACGCUUGACUGGAUACUUUUCGGCGGCCUCUUGGCUUGGAAGGUACAUGUGGGGAAGCCGGCCCUGGUCGACACCAUGGCACAGUUCGCGUGCGCAUGCUUCGCACUGUUUGUCUACUCCGUCGGCCUCGUCGCAUUCACGUCUAUCCCAGCUAAGUACUUCUGUAUUAUAACGCAAACCGCCGUGACCUGUGGGUUGAUCACCUGGAUCAUGACUCUGCUUGUCGCCCUCCUCAGCCUAUUCGAGUUUAGGAAGGACAGCGGCGUCGGCUUGAUUCGGCUCGGCGACGACACUGGAUUGCCUACGGAGGCUGACGGUGUGUCAAUUUCAGAUGUCGCAUUUACAGCACGGACAAGCUGGCGACGACGACGAUGGUCAAUUUGUACGCCUUGGACCAAAUUCUUGGGUUAG